CAACAUCGGAAACAGUAACAGCUGUCAGAGACAAUUUUCUUUCGGAAGGUUUCUCUGACUAAAUAAAUAUAUUUAAAGUGUUACAAUCCUUAAUUCGGCCAAGUGAAUAAAGUCUCGAAGCCGUGCGUUUUAUACGUUCAAAUCGUUGGCUGAAAUAUCAGCGAUAGUUUCGAUUCAAUUGAUUCUUUCUUCGUUACUUCCCGACCAAUUGUAGGUUAUAUGUUGCAAUUACAUCGACUUGUUGCUAGGACAUUGGGUCCAACAGUCAGCAGGACUCGCUACAGUACGACCACAAUUCCGAAGCCAGUUAUUGCAAAGAAUAAAAAAUCGAAUGACGAGAUAACUAAGAAAUCGGAAGAGAGACCACCGAUCAAAAGACCGAUGAUAGCAGCGCUUUUCAAAUCGUUGCAAACAAUUAAUGAGAAUGAUGAUGUAUUGCCGGAUGCAAAGCCGAAAACAUCGAAAUCGAGUGUCAUAGACGAACGUAUUUUAUCGGCUACUAAUGUAACGGAAUUGUUGUCAGUCGCUGAAAGCAAUCCCGGCAUGACAAGAAAACAAUCGCUGAAAAUUGUCUCAAUAUUGGCUGAAUGGAGUUCCAUAAAUCGGGCAAAAUUGUCGGACUUCGAGAAUGAUGCUCGUUUCAUCAAACUGUGCCGUCAGCUAGGUCGUCCGGUUGCCAAAAUAAACGGAGAAACCGUACAAAACAACUCGAAACUCAGUGCUUUUCAAACGGACGAUUUGAAUACAGUGAUCGAUAUCGCUGGUGGUGAUGAAGCGGCUAAACUAAUCGCAAGUAUCAGUGUGUCACAAAUGAUCAGGGUGAUGUCAGCGUUGGCCGCUAAAAAACGACGUAGUACGCCAUUACUCCGAUCGUUGGCCUUCCACAUAAGCAGCAGUUCCGAGUGUCUGAAUCUAAAAGAAUGCGCCGAUCUGCUGUAUUCAAUGGCUGUGCUAAGUUUCCCCGAUUCAGUGUUGAUCGCCCGAGUUAGUAUGGAUAUUCAGACCGGAUUGGCCAAAAAUAUUGAUAAGCCGGCUGUUGUUGGAUCAAUUAUCACCAGUCUUGGAUUAUUGAAAUUUCUAAAUUUGGAUGUACUGGAAAAUCUCACCGACUGGAUCGUUAAGCAUCGCGACAUUUGUCGUCCACAUGACAUUUCAUCGCUGUUUAUGACACUGGCUACGUUGAACUAUCGCACUAACAAAUCGGACGAAUUGAAAUCACAAUUGGUUGCGAGUUUGCGAGAAGAAGAUUUUCCAAAAUCAUCCGAAUGGCUGAAUCAUGUAUGGUCGCUAGUCCUUUUAGACUUUGCAGAAACGAAGCAUUUUGAAUCGGUUUUGAGAAAGGAAUUCAUUGAAACACUGGUAUUCGAACGGAAAUCGGAUCUGUUACCAACAAUGAAAUUGAAACUCCUGAAUAUUAACGCAGCGGCAAAGUGCUUGAAUCCACCGUAUGCGGGGCCGACACUAGCUGAAAAUAGCGGAAUAUUUUCGGUUCCAUUGACACUGUCGAAAAGCAAAACUACUUUGCUGGACGGAUUGAUGGACACAUUAAAACAUUUAUUUUCGGCAAGCAAUCUGAUACGAACCCAGCAUGAUACACGAAUGGGUUUCGUCAUUGACGCUGAAUGUGUCCUGGACAGCAAGGGAAAUCCUCUACCAGUCGAUCAAGAGCACAAAAAUUCGACGAGUUUCAGGGUGGCUAUGAUGAUUCGAGAUUUCCACGACCUGUGCCAAGGCGUUCAUCAGCAUCUGAGCGGCCCGGCAGCCUUGUCGCACAAACUACUCGAACAGGCUGGCUAUAAAGUUGUCAUGAUUCCUUACAAUGAAUGCAGUACUAGCGAUAAAAUGAUAAAACGAGUUCAAUAUUUGCAGGACAAACUCAAGCGAAUAACGUCGAAAAAGGAUUGAAAAUAGAAGGAAAAUUAAAACGAUUUUGUUGGCUAAAUUAGUACCAUC